AUGAGGGGACUCUACCGGGCAGUUUGGAUUCUAGGUAUGAUCUCGACCCUCGCAUUCAGCCCUACAGCAUACCUUGCCAAGAUACACGGGUACGACUACAAGUUAGUCCACGCCCCGAACUUCCACAGAUUCGGCACCUGGUCGAAAGUGUCCGCCAUAAGAGAUCAUUUAAGCCAGUACAAGUUUGUUAUCUUCCUCGAUGCCGAUGCAAUAUUCCACUACCCUCACAUCCCUGUUGAAUGGCUCUUAAAUUAUUGGAAUAUCACCCCAGAUACCCUCGUCGCUUUGGCUUUGGAUCCAAGUGACCCGGUCAACAAUGAUGACUACGGUCAGAACCUUCUGAACACCGGAUUCAUGAUUGCCCAGCAAAGCGAAAGAACCGAGGCAUUAUUCAAGGCUUGGGAUACUUGCCCAGAGAAUGAACACUACCCAAAUUGUUCCCGGUGGAGUUUCCAAUGGCCGCAUGAGCAGGGCGCUUUUGGUAAUCAUAUUCGAUACGACUUCAAUCGUCCGGAAGACGUGAAGAUCCUUCCUUGCUCUGAGGCAAAUGGAUGUCCGGAGGCGGAAUUUAGCUCUGGCUGUGCAGGCGAAUUCGUACAACACUGGUGGUACGCGAAGGCCUCGGUUCCGACGGUGGUUGAGCAGUCUAUUUUGGAUUACUUCCUACCGUAUUUACAUGAACUCUUCCUCAAUGACUAUGAGCGGGUUACCUUGAAUGCGAGUAACCUGACGCUGACAGGAAGUGGUGGGAAGACAAGGCUGUAA